GAAGUCCCAGCCUCGUACCAGUCGCGACCUGCUUCCCGUGAGCCUCUGCUCCCGGCCCCCAGGGCGCAUGCUCCCUACCCAGCAGUCCUCGCGCGGCCCGGAGGACCGGACAGCCAGGACUUCAAGAUGGCGUCAAUCGUACCACUGAAGGACAAGAAGCUCCUGGAAGUCAAACUAGGGGAGCUGCCAAGCUGGAUACUGAUGCGGGAUUUCACCCCUAAAGGCAUUGCUGGAGCGUUUCAAAGAGGUUACUACCGGUAUUACAACAAGUACAUCAACGUGAAGAAAGGGAGCAUCGCUGGGCUUUCUAUGGUGCUUGCAGCUUACGUGCUUUUCAACUACUGCCGUUCUUACAAGGAACUCAAACACGAGCGGCUACGCAAGUACCACUGAAGAGGGCGCACUCUGCAUUCCUGACCAUGACCUUUGCCUGGCACCCCUGAAUCCUUUUAUAUCCUAGUGGAGAAUUAACACCCAAUAAAAGAUGACUGGUACGCGGA